UGGGCGAGUUGCGCGAUGAUUCCAGACUCACCUGCGUAAAACCACUGUGUGCGGCGGUGUUUUGUGACCGACUGCCCGUGGAAUGUUGUGAAUCCGUCCGGGCGCGGGAACUUGAUGCUGGCGGUAGAAAAUGCCCCUGCGGCGUGCCUCGCACGUGUGCGAUGCGCACAACAGAGGCCGCAGUUCCAUCUUCGAAGCGGACGCCGGUCGCCGUAGCAGUAGAAGCAUCAGGAGAAGCCUCCUUCGCGGUCACACCUCUCGUACGAGCAGCAGCAAGAUGCCUGCUUAGAGCUCACAAGCGGACGCGUUCACUCGCAAGACACAUUCUCAUUUUUUCUCGCAUCCCCACCCCAAAGCAGUGAUGGCCUGUGUUGCCGUCAGCGGCGUCCCGUGCUCGAGCUCGAAGUAUCAGACGCGCUCUCUGAAGCGCUCUCUUUCCAGUGCCUGUUCGUUUGACACAAGCGAAGAUGCGCUGCAGAGGGAGUUUCACGAGAUGUUCCGGCUUCCUUUGGAGCGGAGAAAACACGACAAGAAAUCUAGGAAGAAAACGCCGAAAGAAAGAAGAAAGCUAAAGAACAAAGCAGCAGACAUCCAGCCGUGGAGGAGUCCAGUCUUGGAGAUCCAGGGAAAUCCUUCUCCCUUUGCUGUCUUCACCAAUGUUCGGCAGUGCAUCCUCGUGAAACAUCUCCAGGACUCGGCCAGACACUUCUACUGGAUUACUGCUCCACAGUCGGCAGCGCUGCUUCACGCCCUCGACUCUGAUUCAGAGAAUGAAGGAGACAGUGCUGCAGAGAGCAAGGAUGCCGUGCAGACCGUGCCACGCAUUGUGGGUGUUGGCCUCUGCACUGUGUUUGAGCUGAUUCGGGAGAGCCGUUCAGCACAGCCAGCAUUCUGCCUGUCAGUUCUUCGGGCACUGUUGGAUGUUCUGCAAGGCCAGCAGCCUGAAGGAUUUCGUUCUGAGCCCCCAGAAGUACUUGACAAGAUGUUCGAUCUCUUGCUUGACAUUGCGACUAAGGCAGCUGCGCCCGUGCAAUAUGGUCAGGCGCACUCGAGCAACAGCGAGGUGCUGUCACAGCUGACCUCGAAUGCAUGUGCCUGCCUGCUCAGCCUUGUGGUGGCGACAGGGGACACGUCCAAGAUGCUUUCUGCCGCUGCUGCUCUGCUCAUGAGUCCACGGAGUCUGACAGCUGAGGAAAUUCCGAUGCCAAGCAUUCUAGUGGCAAUGCAAAAAAGUGUCCAAGCAGUUUUGUUGGGAAAAGUUCAGCGCCCCACCUGGCUGAGUCACGGAAUCCCAAGGACGGCGCACUGUGGAACAUUUUCCUUGCACUUGCCGAAGUCUUCCCAUUUUGCUAAACACAUGCUUCAAAGUCAGUGUACCAUAGCAUGUGAUGGCAAGUUCCUUUAUCUGUUCAGGCAAGGUAUUUUGUACAAGCUGGGGACUGGGUUUGGAGGGACUGUCAAGGGGGAGCUCAUUGCUAGUCAACAGCUGGAUGGAACAGGGUGGAUCGGCGUUGUACAGGAUUACCUUUACAUCCACCAUUCCUUAGGUCGAAUUAAUGAAUUUUUAAAAGUGGACAAGCACACGCUUCGAGUGGAAGGUGUUGUCACUCUUGAAGAAGAUUCAGGCCAGAAUGUGUACUUCAGUGACGGAGAGUUUUUAGGUUUGAUAACAGCCAUGCGAGAUGAUGGCUUCGUGAUCCGCACAUUUCGGCCAUCAGCCGUGCCUAUGACCUGUUCGGUAGAACUGAAUUUAAAGUUGGCACGUAAAUGUGUUGAAAUAUUUGGAUCUGGUGUCUUUAAUGAAGAAGCUGAAGACUGUCUUCUUGACUUAGGAUGUGAAGAGGAGCCUGUGAUCAUCACCAGUGGCAAAGAAUUUGCUCUUGUGAAGACAGCCUCUGGAAAGAUCCUGUACACAGGCAAGGCUCAGAGCCUUGGCAUCAAGCAGACUGGUACUGCAGCCGGCAAGUGGGCUGAGCUGCCCAUCACAAAAUGCCCCAAGAUGACCGACUGUUCAGUGGGGCAUGAUGGCACCCACGCACUUCUGGUUUCUGAGAAUGGGGCAGUGUUCUUUGUGGGCCUUGCUCGACGAGGAGAAGAUGGAGAUGUUGGAAAAGGCAGGCGUCAACCUAAGCCUAUGAAGCCCAAGAAGAUGUUGAAGAUGGAGGGUCGCUUUGUUGUCGCAUCUGCCUGCAAUAAUGGUACCAGUGCCUUGGUCACUCGCAGUGGGGAGCUGUUUCUUUUUGGGAAGGACAGCAGUCAUGCUGAUCGCAUGACAGGUCUAGUGACAGGCCUGAAGGACGUGGCUGUCAGUCAGGUUGCCUUAGGAAAAGCUCAUGUGGUGGCCUUGACGACUGAUGGCCGUGUUUACACUUUUGGCAUCAACCAUCGUGGCCAGUGCGGCCGUGAGUUUGCCUAUUCAUCGAGCAAAGAUGUGCACCCCAUGGCUUUGGUUGUGGCUGGGUCGGCAAACCUGCCGCCAGGAUCUGGCUCACGGGCUGGCAAGGCUGUUCAGCAUAAUGGCGUUAUCGUAGGAGAGGAAGAGGAUGAGGACCUUGAAUCUGAAGAACAGGACAUCAUGUGUCCACCUGGCAAACACAGCUGGAAGGAAGCUCUGUGCAAAGUGUGCACCGUUUGUGGAGAGUGCACAGGCUAUGGGGCCAGCUGUAUAGCUAGUGGACGACCUGAGCGCAACCCUGGCACGCUCUGUGGUUGUGGAAAGGGAGACUGUGGAUGCUUGACAUGUGGCUGCUGUCGGGUGUGCGCGGCUGAAGACGACUAUGACGCUGAGCUGGCUGCAUGGAACCGAGUGGCAGUGCCAGCUGUUGAUGGUGGAGCAGCAGUUGGAGGAGCUGGUGUUGGUGGAGUGGGCGGUCCAUUACUCGACAACAAGCAGGCCAAAGUGAUAAUCUUCGAUAUGCGGUAUGGAGGACGGGUGGGUGCAAGACUUGAAGACAAAUUGCGGAGGAGCAUAGAAGAGUACCGCUUUCACCAUCGACGAAAACAGGGCAGCCACUCGCUGAAGGCAGCUAAGAGCUCCCCUGGCGGCAGCUCCUUGAACCCAUACCAGACUGUCGGCAGUUCACUAGGUGAUGGCACUGAUGUCCAAGACGGGCCACUGGGAGGGCUGCAAACAGAGGACGCUGUCAGCAGUGAUCACGAGCGUGAAGCAUUGAAGGUGACUCUGCUGCCCCCAGCUAUACUAGUGCUUCCUGUGAGCAGCCCUGCUGUGCAGGUUGCCUGUGGCAUGCACCACACAGUGGUGCUUCUGCAGAAUGGACAGGUGUUCACAUUCGGCAGCAAUCAGCAUGGGCAGCUGGGGCAUGGCGAUCUCGUUCUUCGGGGCUCACCAACACUAGUCUACGCAUUGCCAACGGUCACACAAGUUGCAGCGGGAAGCAAUCACUCAGUAUUCCUAACUGUGUGCGGACAAGUCUACACAUGUGGGAGCUAUCAGAAAGGCCAGCUGGGCCGGGGCAUGUGGGAUGAAAGCGGGAGCGGGCGACGUCACAGCAUCAGUGGAGAGGGGCACAGCCUCUGGCAUGCUGUACCAGGUGCCAUGCCAGGCAUUGGUGUGAAGUGUGGCCGCAGGGCCACUUGGGUCGGUGCCUCAGGUGACCAUACAUUUGUCAAGCUUGACGAGUUCCUCACCAGUGCCUCAAGCCUGGCCCACUGCAGCGUGGUUGCCAACCGCAGCUGCCUUGGAAUAAUUUCAAAAGACUCCGAACAAGCGUCCAAGUUCAAGUGCCUAAUGAUCAAUCGUGCCGAUGGCAGCUGCAAAGGGUUUAACUCGGCAGACCAAGUAGACCUCAAGAACCAUGCUGUCUGCCUUGACAGCAUCUACAACAUACUGUGGAGCCUCAACCAAAAGACACUUGAGGUGAGCUGGAACAGCGUUGUGUGGAGUGAGGCCGUGCCACUGCAGACGUCACCUGAGGGUCUGUCGGAUCAGGCUGUGCCACUGCCACUGUUCCUGAGCCCCGAGCUGAGCCUGCCAGGUGUUGCAGGACACCCGGUGGGGCGUUGCCAAGCAGCACUCAACCUGCUCGGAGCUCUCGAUGUGCUGACGGCUGCCCAGGAAAAGGACCUCAGCGUGCGAGAAGAUAUCGAGCAGGCACGUCAGCAAAGCCUUGCCCGAGCAUACACCCGUGAAGACUUCUCUGUUGUCAACCGCUUUGAGAGCCAUGGGGGAGGCUGGGGCUAUUCGGGACAUUCUGUGGAGGCCAUUCGUGUUAUGGCCGACGCUGACAUUCUGCUUGGAGGAGUGGGCCUUUUUGGUGGCCGUGGAGAGUACACUGCCCUUAUCAGGGUUUUUGACAUUGGUACAGAUGGUGGGGACCAGGAAACAGAUGGUGAGAUGCUCACUGAGACUGAGGAGAUACCCUAUGAGUGUGGUGCAAGGCAAAAGUACCCCAUACUGUUUGAGGAGCCAGUUCUGCUACAAGCCAACAGGUGGUAUGUUGUGUGGGCCCACGUUUCGGGGCCAAGUAGUGACUGCGGUUCAAGUGGUCAGUCCGUCAUCACAACUGAAGAUCAAGUUGUCUUUUACUUCAAGAGUUCCAAAAAGUCCAACAAUGGAACAGACGUCAAUGCCGGACAGAUUCCGCAACUUCUUUACCGGGUCAUUACACCAGAUGUGCAAACUUCAGGCCAGCCUGCAGACCAGUCUGAAUCUGUUACCAUCCUGAGCCACAAGUUCUCCAAAACGGUCACAUUGGAAUGCUUUCAGUCUUUGCUAAAGCUGUUGAAUUGGGGCUGGAAGUCAUUUAGGGCAGGCAUGUGUGAGCUUGCUGACAGCCCAUCAUCUUCAUUGGGCAAGGCUCUGCUUUUAGACCUGCGAAGGCUGCUCUACAUCUGUGCCGCAUCCCUGCAUCUGCUUCGCAUAUACAUUAACGAGGUGUACCCCAUUGGACCUCUGUCCAAGAAGGUGCAGCCUGAGUCAUCGCGAAUGGCAGAAUGCGUGGCAGAUACGCAGAGCCUUCUAAGCUGCAUCCUCUCAGGAGGCAGCAGCCUACCAGAGGAUGCUGAGGGCCUUCUUGGGCAAGGGGCUGCUAUGCAGGCGACCCUGCUGGAGGAAUGUGAAGCUGCCUUCAUGGCCUGCUACCAUACCUUCUACCCAAGCACCACACUCAAAUGGCGUGGCCUCUGCGAGCUUGUUGAACCUGCACAGCGCAGCAGUCAAGAUUUUGGUGACCGACUUCUGGCGGCUGUGCUGUCUUCACUCUGUUCCCCUGCUGCUCAGCUGACCUGCCUUCUACCACCAAGCUUGGACAGAGAGACUCGGCCCUGCAUUGAGGGGCCUUGCUCACCAGAGAGCCCAAGCACUGGAACCCAGCUUCCUGAUGUUGCAGACUCAUCCGCUGUCUACCCCUUGCUUGUUGAAGUUGUAGCACGAAAGACACUGAAGGAAGGAUAUCACACUGAUAAUUGCAGCUUCAGAGAUGUCCUGGAGCGUCUGCUGAGUAUCGUGAUUGCCCCUGUGCAGAGCGUACUGAAGCAUGAGGCAGAAAAACCAUCUGUGAAACUUGUGUCCAGCACAUGCGCUUUUCUUUCUGCUGUGGUUGCUGAACUUUCAUCUCAGACUAUAGGUUGUGCGGUGGAUGUACAGCGCGCCAGCCGGCAAGCACUCCACUGCACUCCGUCUCGAUUCUCACGGGUCUGCCAGAACAGAACGUGGAACACUGGAAACGGUUCUCCGGAUGCCAUCUGCUUCAGCGUUGAUAGACCUGGAGUGCUUAUUGCUGGUGCUUGCAUCUAUGGCGGAAUUGGCAAUGAAUGGCAGUAUGAAUUUGAGCUCCUUGAUGAUAGCGGUGUUGGUGGGGAGCUGCCUCACAUGCAACGAUGGAAGCAGAUUAGUGAAGCUCAGGGCUCGUUUGGCCCGGAAGAUUGCUACUCAGAUGUGGCAGAAGUGAAGUUUGACCGUCCAAUUCCUAUCAAGGAGAACACAAAGUAUGCUUUGAGAUUGAAAAACCAUGGUGCAAGGACAAAUAAUGGUGAUGGUGGAGUGACUCAAGUGAAAGGCCCUGAUGGCACCACGUUCACAUUCAGCGACAGCUCCCUGAGUUUCAAUGGCACCAACCACACCAGAGGGCAGAUACCUCAGAUACUCUACUACAGCACACCUCAUGACACAGAAAGCCAGCAGGCUAUGCGUGAUUUAAUGGAACUGCAAGCUCGUCGAAAUGUCCUCAACAUCUGUGGCACUAUUGUCAAGGCUAGUGCACAACUGCUGUCUGAAGCUGCUUCUGAACAAGAUGACGAAGUGAUCUAUGAAGUUGGAUCCUCGCACUUGAUGACACAGUUGCUUCCAUUGAUACUUGCUCAUCUUUGCCCAGUUGCCUCGUCUGACUCACAGAGUGCUGUUGAGGUUCUUGACUUAGUCCAAAAGCUUCUGAAAUGGGUGUCCACACUGAACCAAAGGAAUGCGCCAACCAACCAAGCUGAUGCAUUGGCACCCACGGAUGGAGGCGUUGGCCCUGUUCACUAUGCAGUGGUGGAGAGUGAUCACCCAUACAAACCAGCCACUGUUUUUGUGUCCAAGGUCAAGUUUGCUCCCAGUGUUCGCUGGAUGGCACUGGAGUUUGACCCGCGGUGUGGCACCACUCAGGUUGAAGACAGCCUCCAGUUGUACAUUCCUAGUCAUAAUGGCCUGGGUCAUGUGUUGAGCCCAGGUCGAGGCGAUGAUGUCGACGAAGAUGCCAGCAGUCCUUUCUGGCCGGUCCUGCAGCGCUUUCACAAAUCGGAGUGGCCCGCGACAGCUAUCAUUCUUCCAGGGAACCAGCUGGUGUUCUCACUUGAGACUGCUUCGGACUGUGCCAAGGACAACAAAACCAGCUCGUAUGGGUUCCGAUGCCAGGUGGCUGGGUACGAGGGUGUCUGCCCUGGCUCAGCAGGGGGCCUGCUUCAUCUCGAGAAGGAACUGUCGUACCUUGGUGGCAUGUGCGCCGCUUCCCUGCUCCGCCGGGACCUCAUUCUCCCAACAGUGUUGCCAAGUGACAUGGAAGAAGACAUGGAGGUAGCAGAGCCUCUUGCACGUCAGGUGUUUAGCAGCCAUUCGGCAUUGCUCUCACGUGGCUUUGCGCUUGCACAUCUGCCCACAAUACAGCAAGCAUUGGAAGGUUCAUUGUCAUUCAGCGACCGCUCAAAUGAACGACCUUUCCUUCAUGACUUUGUGUCAUGCACACCUGGAACAAGUGGUGGCCGGCUUGCAAGAUGGCUGCAGCCUGAGUGCUGUGUGGACCCGAAGCAGUGUGAAUUGAUCUGCAGUCAGGAGGAGCUCAAAUGCGGGUGGCCAUCUGUCAUCACAGUCUUUACAAGAGACCAGUAUGCAUACCUGGUGCAUGUGCCCAACAUGAAGGUGGAAGUGAGGGCAGUGCCUAUGAAUGCCUACAACCAGGAGCAUGUCCCAGGCUCGACAGCAGCUGGCUCAAAUGACCAGACUGGCCUCCUGACCUUUGGCGGCCACCCGCCUCCAUCACUGGAUGCCCCUUACGAAGUCACUGUGAGAGACAAGAUGCUCUACUAUGCCAUUACUACAAUGAGGCAAUACGAGGACUACUCCUUCGAAGAGCUGCGCUAUGUUUCUCCAACCAAGAAGCGACUGAUUGAAAACAUGCUAGUACGUGCUAACGACGAUGGCACGUACACAGCCAACUGGACGCCAGGCUCUGUGGGCUGGUACCUGCUGCAUGCUAUCAUUGAUGGCUUUGAAAUUGGCAGUUCCCAGUGUCGGCUGGUUGAAGUGAAAGAACCACCACAAGGAUUGGUGAUUCCUUCCAGAAGUGUUUCACAAAAGUCAUCGCACCAACCCAACAAGAUGCGCAAGUUUCAGGCCAAGUACAGUGCUGGGCUAAGAAUUCGCAGCCAUCCUUCCUUGCAGAGCAAGCAGAUUGGUGUGGUGCAGGUGGACGGAAUCGUCACCUUUGUUGAUGAGUUGCACAAUGACGAUGGCGUUUGGGUUCGGCUGAGUCCUGAAACCAUCAAGAACUACUGCCAGAAUGGGUACUCUGAGGCCUGGUGCUUGCAAUACAAUCAGCACAUAGGAAAAACUCUGUUGGUUCCUUUUGAAGAGCCCAAGGCAGUUCGAGAUGAGUUCUUUAGUGACAGAAGCAAUGUUGCACCCAAGAAGAAAGAGUUGAAAGAACCGAAGCAACAGGUGUCUCAAGUACAACACCAGCAUCAACAGCAGUGUCAACAGCAACAUCAAGAGCAACAGCAAAAGCAGCAGCAAAAGCAGCAGCAAAAGCAGCAACAGCACCAGUCACUUCAACAACAGCACCAGCAACCACCACAUCCACAUGAUGUGGUUAAGCAUGGACCUGGAAUGUACCAAGUGGCUAGUUGCGGAGCCGCAGGACAUAAUGUACGAAGUAAGCCUAACCUCAAGGCACCUUCAAUUGGGGUGCUUGCCAUGGACAGCACAAUCAUUGCUAUUGAAGAGGUAUCCAAUUCGGAGGGUGUGUGGCUGCGUCUAAACCAGGAGAGCUUGCAGAGGCACAGUCUUAGCAAGGAAGGCGAGGCGUGGACAUUAGCCCGGACGGCCGCCCACGUGGUGCCUGAGGUGCUUUACCUUCGCCACGAGUCUGAAGUGAUGCAGUCGGGUGACAGCGAUGACGAUUCAGCUGCCAGUGCAUGUGGCCAUAGGUGCCCACAAGCUGCUGCAUCAUCAUCGACUGUGCGAUCACGUGGCUAUAACUUUGGCAUGCCUGUCUCUGUGGCUGCUGACAGGGCAGCUUCUGGAUGUGCAAAUGCAGUGCAGGGCCUAUUCACAUUUGGGAGCGGUACCUCGGACCCUGAAGGUGGCUCAUCUGGAUCUGCUAGUCCUUUUGUAUUUGGGUCUCCUGCUUCAACUCCAUCGACAUCAACCAAUGCGCUUGCUGAUUCUGAACAUACUGGACCAGCAUCUGAGCGAUCCGAGGCUCCGACUUCUAGUGGGUCCAUUGCUGGAGGAUCCUCACACUUGGCUUCACGGAGGUUAACAAGCGCAGAUUCAUCACCACCUCCCACACGAGCAGUUCUGCCCGAACUUCGGGGAGUCUCAGUUAGGGACCUGGUCCGUGCCAUAGGAGAGAGUCGUGCCAAUGGUAAUGGCGCAACACCGCCAGGGACACCACCAGUGACACCACCGGUCCGACGGAGGCGAUCGUCUGCGAACUCCAAGCCGGCAGCAUCAAGUCCAGUACCCAUUCCUGGUGUGACAGUGCCUUGCUCAUACUCGGACACUGUACUAGGGGUGUCAGAAGGUGCACUAAGCCACUCAGGGUCCCAGGCUCAAAUUGAAAGUGCCAGGAGUGCUACCCCAUCACAGGGAAGCCUUACUGAAUUAGGUUCCUUCCCCAAGCAUCCUGGCUCGUCACCACGAAGAGCAUCAAUUCAAAGUGAAAGCAGUGUCAGCUCUCAUUUGGGUAGUUUCUUUCGUGAGCUUCGGGACACCUCAGCGACUGGCUGCAUAGGCUGCAUUACACAACGAACUACGGACAGUCCCCUAAGCACACCUGGCACCCCAAAAAAGGAGAGCCUUUCGCCAACUUCAUCAUUGAAGUCAUUCACUCAAACGGGAACUCAGACCAGUCCCGAAGGAGGGCCAACUUCAAGCAUUAAAGGCCAUUUCAGCAUUGGUAGCAACUCAAGCCGUGACGAGAGCCCACGUGUCUCUCCAAAAAUGUCCCGCCGGGAAAGAACUAGUGCCAGUGGCACACGGCAUGUGCUUCGUGGAAAGAGAGAGCGCAUUCACUCAGAAAACACAGAACGUCCUGCUGCUACAGAACCUUAUCGCCAGGGUCUGUCCCCUUCUGUGGCAGAGUGCCUGAGGGCUGUCUUCUGCGCUUUCUUAUGGCAUGAAGGUGUGGUUCACGAUGCCAUGGCAUGCGCCUCAUUCCUGAAGUUUAAUCCUGACCUUCGAAAGAGCAUCACAAAGAGGACUGUGGCAGCGGCACCCUUGACAAAGGAGCAAAAAGCUCGUUUCCGGCAUUCUGUUGAAGUAACUUCACCGAGCUUGCUGCAGUUGCAGCAGUUAGAAACACUCCAGUCCAACGAGCCAUUGAACGAAAACAUUAAAUUGAAGAGGGCAUUUGCUCCUGCCACAACUUCCGACCAGGUCACACAAGAAGGAAGUUCUGCACAUGAAGAUGUGGCGACAGACUUGCCCCGUGCCCUGCGCUUCCUUGUGUUGCUCUGGGAGCAGGUGACUGGCGUGUGCAAACAGGCCAUCAAAGAGCAGGUGGUCCUUCCGAGCCUUUUCUCAGGCAGCAAAAACAUCAAGUGCGUUGAGCAGGCAAUCGUCAGGGGUUCAGAGCGCCGAAAGACGAAGAAGAAACGAGGCUAUCGUUCAGCAGUUGUAAAUGGCUGUGCCACCACUGCUUUUGGUGGUUCAGCCAGUGGCGAAAAGGAAGCGACAUGCGAGCUCUGUGGGCUUUUAUUUGUACUGACAUCCCAAUACCAGAAUAAACAGGCUCAUUCCGGGUGUGGUGACAGUGCUGGCAUAAAGAGCUUUGGUGGUGGCUCAGGGAGUCUUCUCUGUGGUGGCUGGACUGGAAGCUAUGGCGAUAGCAGACCUUCAAGCAGCAGCUGGCAUCAUUUUUGUGAUCGGUGUCGGGAAAAGUUGUGCCAGGCAGGUGGAGGACAGCGCACCUCCCUCGGAGGCCGUCACCGCACUAGUUCCAUUUGUGCUGCUGCGCGGGUUGCACCUCCUGCUCAAGACACAAUUCACCACAACAUGAAGAACAAUGCCAUGUUUUUGUUGGAACUGUCCAGCUCUGGAAUGAAGUCACGGCGCAGUGGGCUGCCAAGCUUGGCCGAAGCAGAAACACUUCUGCCGUCUAACCAGUUUGCUGCGGCUGGCCCCAUUCAGUACUUCAACAUGCUGGGACUCUCUCUCGAUGCACUCUCGUUUGGGGAAGACCUUGUGCCAUCCGAGCCAGGCACAUCCGGUUCACAAACUGCUGAGGCUGAUGCUGAGUCAGUGGCUGCCCUUAAUGGAAAUGAAGCUGUAGAAGACACCUUUGCAAGUGAAAGAAGUGAUGAAGCUGGAUUGGGUCCCACUGUUACUGUAAGAGGCGGUGGCAGGGUGUUUCAUCGAUCAGUCUCUGUGGGGCUAACACAUUUGGACUGGGCAGAAAAGGAUCUUGCAGAGGCGGCCAUUCAAGAAGCAAGGGCCUUAGUCAUACCACGAAAAAGGAACAACAGCAGUGGAAGCGAAGGCAUGUCGUCCAUACUGUGCCAGCCAUCAGCAGCCCUUACAAAGUUAGUCUCUGUGGAGCCAGAGGCCUGUGCCACUGAUCUUACAGUACAACGGCCAGUUAUGCAGUUUGUUCUUCAACGUCAUGACCUUGAGAGCAUGCGUUUCGCCAUUCAGCAGUCGCUCAGGAAGGCUACUUGUCGCAUCUAUGCUAUGCAGGCGUUCAACUGGCUGCUGCGCAACGUGACCCAGCCCACCUGUUUACAUGACCUUCUGUGGUGCCUGGUGGCAGCCAUGUCUCCUCCUCCUCCUGAGAAGCCAGAUGAACAUUCCCAAGGCAAAGAGGACAUAGGGUACAAGAAAGAGGCCACAGAACAGGACAAGGAGGCCCCUUGUGAACACCCGCUCUCGGACAUGUCACUGGCGGGUGAAGCAUGCCUAGGGCCGUUACGGUCAGCUUUCCACACCCUGCUUCAGACGAUCUCAGACCUGAUGGUGUUCCUACCUGUCGGUGCGUCCCUACAGCAGAUGGCCAUGCAGUGCUGGCGGCUGCGCUUCAUGCCUUCAGACCACGCCUUUCUGCACCGCAGCCAUGUUUUUUCCAACAUUUCCCGCAUUCUAUCGCAUACCGAGGAAGAAGCAGCAGCUCCAUCCGAGCUGUGUGCUGUAGCGGGUACAUCAGCAUCUGCACCAUCAGACAUGGAGCAAGCGCCAUGCCAUCAGCCUGAAUCACUGACAAGAAUUGAAGUGCUACGGGACCUUACUCAAUCGGCGAAACUGAGUGCCUCAAGUCGGCAGGGCAUGGCAAACAGCCUUUGCGACAAUUCUACGGAGACGUUUUGGGAGUCGGGCGAUGAGGAUCGCAACAAGAGUAAGGUUCUGACUCUCGUCUGUGAACCUGACGCGAGGCCAACCAUCGUGUGUGUCUAUGUGGACAACCACCGAGAUUCUUCGAACAAAGUGAAUAGCAUCACCUUCAAGUUUGGCCCAAACCAGGAGGAGCUGCAGAAGCUAAAACAGAUGGAUGUGGAGGGCCAGUUUGUAGGCUGGCUGAGCUGCGUCCUGCCUGAAGCCAUUUACAUUGGCCCUAGCAGUUCUGUGUGGCGGCUGGAGCUCCGAGGACCUGAAAACACCUUGCGGCUCCGCCAGGUCAAAGUUCUGGGCCACAGCCCAGGGUCAGGUGCUGAUGCCCACGGCGAGUGUCGUUCCCUCUGCAUUCAGCAGCGCAACUGUGAAGCUGAGACGCUUCGUGUGUUUCGCCUGCUCACGUCUCAGGUCUUCGGCAAGCUUCUUGGAGGAGACGCAGAGAGUCCUGAAGAGGAUGUGUCAUUGAGGCCAGUGGGUGAUGAGGCCACCAGUCCCGAGAGGCCAGAGACCAGCAAUGACCUCAAAGAACACAUGGUUGGCAUUCUGUUCAGCAGAAGCAAGCUGACCCACCUCCAAAAGCAGGUGUGCUCACACAUAGUGGCUGCCUUGCGCAAGGAGGCACGCCGAGUGCGUGAAGAGUGGGAGGCCCUGCUGUGCAGUCCACAGCCAAGUCCUCCACAGCGAACAGCGGCUGCCAUGGCUGGUGGCAGAGGACCAAAUAGCCACGUGCCCGCCAUAGGUGGCGGUGGUGGAGACACCUACUGCUUCGAGAUGCUCUCCAUGGUGCUGGCUCUCAGUGGGUCAGCAGUUGGGCGUGCCCACCUCUCACAGCAGGCUGGCCUGUUGCGUGACAUCUUCAGCCUGCUCCACACUGGCUCAGCCCGAGUCCAGCGGCAGGUGACCAGCCUGCUGCGACGAGUGCUUCCUGAAGUUCCUCCACUUACACUAGCUGCGGUACUCGGCGUGCUUAACUUGCCGCCCAGCGAGUACGGCUUACCUCCAAGCAGCAGCGCCAGUCCCGAUGCUGACACUGUCGAAGGCGUGGCUCCUUUGGACAUACACCGAGUGGGCUUACUAGAUGUUCUGCUGGCAUGUGUGGCAAAGGCACUGACUCUGCAGGCACGAUCCAAGGGGGGUCGGUCACAGGCCACCACACUGGCCACGGCCAUCCACCCAAGGGACUACCUGGGAGCUCGGUGGUGGUUGCGCGGCACCACCGCCAGAAAGCUUGCUCAAGGCAUUGUGCAGCUUCUCAGAGACAUGGCAGCUGGUAAGCUUACAGAAGCCUGGGCCAGGGUGACCAAAGGAGCCAUUGCUGAAAACAUCCUCAACCUGACCAAGCUAGCUGAGAAAUACAGGGCACCUGUGGAAUGCCUCAAAACACCAACGCUGUGGCUGGCACUGGCCUCUCUGUGUGUUCUCGACCAGGAGCACGUCGAGAAGCUCUCAUCGGGCCAGUGGGCCAAAGGCCGUGGCGAUGGGCUACAGGCUCCUCCCAGGCCAACAUGUGACAACCACGAUGAUGGAGAAACCCCUGCUAUCAUCCUGUGCAACGUGUGUGGAAAUGUUUGUGCAGACUGCGAUCGCUUCUUGCACCUUCACCGCAGGACAAAAACACACCAACGCCAGGUGUUCAAGGAGGAAGAAGAAGCCAUCAAGGUAGACCUGCACGAAGGCUGUGGUCGGACCAAGCUCUUCUGGGUGAUGGCAUUAGCUGACUCCAAGACACUCAAGGCCAUGGUGGAGUUUCGGGAGAAUUCGCGAGAAAAGUCAACAUCGGUGCCUACAGCUGGAAUUUGUCGCUUUUGCGGGGCCCCUGGUGCAACUGGACUUCUCUCAGCAGCAGCCACUUGUGCAGACUGUCGGGAGCAUGCUGCUAAUGCUUGUUCCAAGACUCAUCCUUGUGGUCACCUGUGCAAUGGUAUUCGAGGCGAGACCACCUGUCUGCCAUGCCUCCAUGGCUGUGGUGCUACCAAAGGGCUGCGCCAAGAUGCCGAUGACAUGUGUAUGAUCUGCUUUUCUGAGGCCCUCUCCUGUGCUCCAGCGGUGCAGCUUUCCUGUGGCCAUGUUUUCCACUACCACUGCUGCAAGACUGUGCUAUCACGAGGAUGGUCGGGACCAAGGAUCACUUUUGGCUUCUCCCUCUGUCCCAUCUGCAAGGCCCCCAUGGAGCAUGCAGUGUUGAAGGAUCUUCUGGAGCCUAUUCGUGCGCUCUUUGAGGAUGUCAAACGCAAAGCCCUUAUGAGGCUGGAGUAUGAAGGGCUGCACAGAGCUGAGGCCAUCACCGUACCUGGUGCUCGCUUUUACGACAACCCAGCUGGAUUUGCUAUGGAGCGCUAUGCCUACUAUGUUUGCUUCAAGUGCAAGAAGGCUUAUUAUGGUGGUGAGGUACGGUGUGACAUUGAGGCAGGCCCAGUGGAUGAGUACAACCCAGCUGAGCUUGUGUGCGGUGGCUGUUCUGACAUCUCAAGGGCACAGAUGUGCCCCAAGCACGGUACAGACUUCCUGGAAUACAAAUGUCGCUACUGCUGCUCAGUGGCGGUGUUCUUCUGCUUUGGCACCACCCACUUUUGCAACGCCUGCCACGAUGACUUUCAGCGGGUGGCCAACCUGCCCAAGCAGGAGCUGCCGCGCUGCCCUGCUGGACCCAAGGCCAAGCAACUAGAAGGAGAAGAGUGCCCUCUUCACAUCAAGCACCCGCCUACGGGUGAAGAAUUUGCCCUGGGAUGUGGAGUGUGUCGGAACACACACACUUUCUAGAAAACAUGUGAUCUAUGGAACACUUGCCUCACUCAGGCUUUGUUCCUUUUUUUCUGGUCAUGUAUUAUAUAUGAAAAUAAUAUGCAAGGUUAUGCAUUGCC